GUCAUUAAUGACAUCGAAUGAUAGAAGCGUCGCGCAGUGAGAUACAACUAUAUAAGAUGCUGCUUCCAAGACGAUUUUUCGUGGCCUUUUGUGGCCAAACACCCUUUGAAGGUGAUUGUCGUGGAUGCAGGCAUUGCGGGACUUACCGUGGCCCUGGGCCUGAAGAAGGCUGGACACGAUGUCCUCAUCCUGGAACGGGUCCAUGAAAUCGCAGAGGUUGGUGCAGGUAUACAGGUUGCUCCUAAUGCGGCGCGGAUUCUAGGCCGACUGGCCUACUGGACAGAGUUAUGAAUAAGGCGAAUGUGUUAGAAAAGAACUCCCUGCGCCGGUAUGCGAACAACGAGGAAAUAGGGACCGCCCCUCUGAUGCCCCAGGUCGCUCAGAAAUACGAUGCGCCCCUGGCAGUGAUUCAUCGAGGUGAUCUGCAACGCAUUCUUCUGGACGGCUUCCGGGAAGCGAACAUAGAACUACGCAUCAGCUCGCGUGCUGUCCGAGCGGUCGAUAACUUCGAGGCAACUGUUCAGCUGGAGUCGGGCGAGUGGAUCCCUGGAGAUGUGGUGAUUACCGCAGACGGUAUCAAAUCCGACCUCCGCCAUCAGAUCGCAUCCCACCACGGAGUCAAGGAUGUCUGCCAACCCACAGGCGACGCAGCCGCGCCCUGCAUUUUGUCUCACAAUGUCUGUAUGCGCUGGAUGGGACCUGGAGGACACAUCAUGGCAUACCCGAUCAAGAACAACACCGUUUAUAAUAUGGUGCUACUAAAUCCACAGAAGCCGGGCGCUUCGAAUGAGGAGAGCUGGACUAGCAAGGGAGACAAGCAGGAAAUGGUCUCCUUUUACAGCAAGUGGAACGACUUGGUAAGGAGUCUUCUGAGUUAUGUUCCGGACGACGCUUGUCACCCGAUGCUGCCAUAUGUAGCCCAGGGGGCUGCACAGGCUAUUGAAGAUGCCGGUGUACUUACGCGUGCUCUGUCGAUGACAGAUUCGGUUCCUUCGGCAUUGGCUGUUUACGAGUUAGUACGAAAGGAACGUGCGGAGCGUAUUCAGAAAAGUGCCGCGGUGACGAGGAAGGCGCUGCAUCUACCUGACGGAGAGCAACAGAUCAAGCGGGAUGGGGCCAUCCGAGGGUUCGGCAAGAACCCUGAUCUCUGGGCUGAUCCCAGCUGGCAGGAUUUUAUGUGGGGGACGGAUGUCAUGAAAGACACAAUCGGCAAUUGGGAGGACCUUGUGGCGAAGAGCCACGAAUAUCAUCCCCAUGCGGUGCAGGUGCCUACGAUUCUACGACAGCCAACACGCUACACAUGA